AUGAACUGCUUGUUGCUGCUGAAGAACUGGCAUUUAGCUAUUGGUCACAUAUGGCCUUAUUCUUCGUGUCAUUUUUCUAUAGGAACCCGCCACAGUUGGCAAAGAAGAGAGAAUCCUUUUAACUGUAAAGUGUACAUCAUUAAUUCAAUUAAUCAUCCAUAUAAACAUAAUCUGCGACUCAAUACGCCAUACUCACAAUACUUCCACUUAAAAAUCCGUCCAGUUAUUUCUUCCAUGAUGAAUGUUGUUUUGGUAAUGACUCUGGCCGCCCUCUCUUGCUUACUUGUGGUUUCGGAGCCUCCACCCAAGAAACUCUUUUUCCGAAGAAAAUUGGGUGUUGAAUGUGACAGCUACCCAUGCGCUAUUGCACUAUACGAAAGAUUCACUGUGCCUUCAGAUACCUCAACUGAAGAAACAAUGCAAAUAAAGAGAAUAACACAAAUUACGGCAGCUUGCGACUGUAAAAAUGGCACAGCAUGUACACUGAAGGAACAUCAACGGAAGAGUCAGGACAACGUAAACGUGUAUUACUAUAGUUGCCAACCUCUAGAGAGAUACUGUAACCUUAAAGGGUGAACUAUCGGAGGAGAAAUAAUUUACUAAACAGCGUUACAAACUUUUCAGAAGCAGAGACUCCAUCCUGUUCUUUAUUAGUGUUAAUGAAUAAUGAUGUUCAUAAUGUUCUUUAUGAAUGUUAGUACUGUUGUUUAUGAAUAAUAAAAAAAAAAAAAAACUAAUGAAAACUGAACCUUGUAGGGUUCCUCACUUUAUGGAAGGUUAUUUUAAUUUUAUUAACACUUUUGAUUUUGAGUUAAACUUCUGUCCUAUCAAAUCUUUAACUUCAACUAACUACUUCCGGCCAGAACG